AUUAGCCUUGCCUUCUGACGAAUCUCAGCUGAACACCACGGACAUUGCCACAAGAGAGAGGAAUCUUGGUGAGUGUUCAACCAAUGAAGGGUCUGAAUUGGCGCUUGCUGUCAGUGAUGGAGAGCUUGAUAGAAAGGUUAGCCUAGUACAACAUGAAGAACAACGAUGCCACAGUGAUACAGAGAGAGACCACAAAUCAUUAAAGAAAACCAAUAAAUCGAAGAGCUUGUCACCUUUGGAAGCCAGCAAAAAGCAGACUUCAAAUUUCUUCAAACUCUGUGGGAAGCGAGGAUAUAUUGCCAGCACAAGGCCAAAAGAUUGAGAACAAUGAAGAUGUACAUAGUCCGGAUCAUGAAGAAGAGCAGACUUUUGACAAAGCUUUCACCAGGACCUCUCCUUAUCAAGCAACUGCAAUGGAUAUCCAUUCCCUUACGGAAGUGGAACCGGAAUUAGAGCAAAAUCUGACUGUGGUGGAUACUGAGAUGGAGACUUCAGAAAAACAACAUAACCUGACUGCCAAACCCGAAAGAACAAAAAGUGAACUGCAAAGUGUUUUUGAUUUUGAAACAUCUGAUUCUGCGGAGAAAUCACAGGUCAGUGAAAGCAAGAGGAAGUUUCUUGGGAGGAGGAGUUCUCAGACUGAUGAAAAACAAAAUGUAAAAGUUGCAAAAGCAAGUAAGAAAAGGAGCAGAGGCGAGAAAGUGACGCACAAAAGAAGUGACAUGAAGAAGCUCUUCACAGAAGAUUCGUGUAGUGAAGGCUCUGAGCACAGUUGGCUGUCAGUGUCCCAAACGAAAGUUCUCCCACGCGUUGCAGACUACAGCAAACAGAAGAAAAAGAAGUCAUCUGUCCUAAGAGUUUUGCCACUGUCCCUUGAAUCCAGUGAAGGUGAGGAGCAGAAAGGAGAGGUAACCCCAAGUAAAGGGUUCCAAAUAACUUCAGAGGAACACGAUAUUCCUCUGAGUGAACAAGUCUCUCCAGAAUUUUCUGAUAUUCAAGCAUCAGUUGUGCCAAAAGUGAAGAGGAUUAAAACUGCUGAUGUCUCAGUUGGGACAAGCCUGGAACUGCUGACUCCACCUGACACACUGCAGAAAAUUACAUCACCAGUGAUUAAGAUCCCACGCGGGACAUCCACGAAAAAGAUUCCAGCAAAUGAAGGAACGCCAGGUGAUGUGGGGCAACAAUCUGCAAAUCCUCCCUUGACAAGAUACUACAAUGAUACUACCAAUAUGGAUGAAGAGCUGGAAGGAAUGGAGCAGCUUGCUGAAAGAUCCCAUGAGAUGGAAGAUGGAUAUUUGAGUGAUGGAAACAUCAGUGCUGCACUUCAUGGCUUCACUGAAGGAAUGAGGCAGAAAUUGAGGCUUUGUUACAGGAACAUGGAGCAGUACACCAGGCAGUCACGGCAAUCUACUGAAAAGUUUUCUGUGCUGAUGAGACAGAUACACACCUACAGAUUGCAGAAAUUGAGCAUGUUUGAGUCCAUUAUUGACAAGGAUCUGAAGAACCUUGAGGAAGACGUGCAAACUCUGCAGAACUUGGAAGAAGAUUUUAAUCGUUGGAAGCAGCAGUCUCUGAAGUUGUCACAGUUUUAUGAAAAGUGGCAGCAAAGAAUGAAUAUGUUGAUGUCAUCCACAGAAGAUAAGCCAGAAAUAUCCAAGUGAAUGUAACACAUGGUGAGGGAUAUAUAAUGAAACCUAUGUGGCCUUGCACUGGUUGUAGUUC